AACAGCAGAUAAAAGCAGACUCCUCACCAGAGGUCCUCACUGGUCAGACAGAGGGGUGUGCUCAACUCAGGCUUUACUUCACUUGCUUCCAGGGCUAUUUGUGGUUUUUACCAAGCUCGACACACUGCUGGGAACAUGCCGUCCGUCUCUGUACCUCCACCAAAGUGCCUGCAGAAACCACUGGUGGUUCCUUAUCGUCACAUGUUUGGACCAGGACCUUCCAAUGUACCUCCACGAAUCCUGAAGGCGGGGGCUGAGCCUGUCAUUGGACACAUGCAUCCAGAGAUAUUUGAGAUAAUGAGUGACAUCAAAAGUGGGAUCCAGUACAUGUUCCAGACUCAGAACAGCAUGACUCUAGCUGUGAGUGGUACUGGCCACACUGCUAUGGAGUGUGCCAUCUUCAAUGCAGUAGAGUGCGGGGAGAGUGUACUGACUGCUGUCAACGGCAUAUGGGGAGAGCGAGCAGCUGAAAUGGCUGAGAGGAUAGGUGCCAGAGUAAAUACCAUUGUGACUUCCCCUGGUGGAUUCUUCACUAAUGCAGAAAUUGAGCAGGCCUUAUCACGACACAGACCGGUCGUGUUCUUCCUCGCACAAGGAGAAUCUUCUACAGGAGUCCUGCAUCCUUUGGAUGGUAUCGGACAGCUCUGCCAUAAGUACAACUGCUUGUUUCUUGUCGAUGCUGUGGCGUCAAUGGGAGGUUCCCCUCUUUAUAUGGACCAGCAAGGGAUAGACAUCCUAUACACAGGCUCCCAGAAGGUGUUGAAUGCUCCUCCAGGAACAGCUCCCAUCUCGUUUAGUGAGAGAGCAUGCCAGAAAAUAUUCAGCCGGAGGACAAAGCCUGUGUCUUUCUUCUUGGAUUUGGGUUGGCUCGCAAACUACUGGGGAUGUGAUGGCAAGCCGUCACGUGUAUAUCACCACACAGGUCCGGUCACUGCUUUCUACUCUCUGAGGGAGAGUCUGGCUGUCCUUGUUGAACAGGGUCUGGAGAAUUCAUGGGAGAGACAUCAGAGAGUGGCAGAAUAUUUCCAUGCUGGCCUAGAGAGCAUGGGUCUCAAACUUUUUGUCAAAGAAAAAGAAGCAAGACUCCCUACAGUCACCACUAUUGUUGCUCCUCAUGGAUAUGACUGGAAAGAGAUCACAGCCUACAUCAUGAAAACACACAAUUUAGAGAUUUCUGGAGGGCUUGGACCAUCAGUUGGCUUGGUGCUGCGUGUGGGACUGAUGGGAUGUAACAGCAGCAAGGACAAUGUUGACAUGGUGUUGGCUGCACUUAAAGAUGCUCUGAAACACUGCCACAAGAGCAAAGUGUAACAUGUUGCUGUUGGAUGCUGUAAAGAUAAUCAAGGAAGAGUUUGUGUAAUAAAUAAACC